CGCCGGGACAGCCGCCGCGGCCGCGUGCUCAGCUUGUCCCCGCCCAGGGAACCGGAGCCACCAACUAACUCCGCCCGGCGCCCGCGGGGGCUCGGGCUUCCGUCCCGGAGAGAGCCUGCGGCCGCGCAGGUUCCGAAUGAUGACUGACGCGGGUCUGCGCGAUAGCCCUCACAGCCCCUGUCAUUGCGAGCGAUAAGGACCUCGCACGUCCGGCCGGCCGCCGCACCGGGGCUCAAGGCGCUCUGGAGGGCGGGCGGCUCCGGCGGGCGGAGCGGACUCCAGUGCCGCUUCCCACGCACCGGGACCAGACCUCCCGGACCCGGCUGCCCGCGCGUCGCCCGUCGCCCGGGGCCAUGAAGUAGCAGCGGCCGCCAGCCCUGCCCUCCCACCGGCCCGGCUGCUGCACGCUGCCCCGGCCCCAGCUCGGACAUGGCCCGACGCGCCCGCAGCCUGCUGCUGCUGCUGCUGCUGCUGCUGCUCACCCUGCAAGGCAGCUGCCUGGCCUUCAGAAGCCCACUUUCUGUCUUUAAGAGGUUUAAAGAAACUACCAGAUCCUUUUCCAAUGAAUGCCUUGGAACCACCAGACCUGUAACUCCCAUUGAUUCAUCAGAUUUUGCAUUGGAUAUUCGCAUGCCUGGGGUCACACCUAAAGAGUCUGACACAUACUUCUGCAUGUCCAUGCGUUUGCCUGUGGAUGAGGAAGCCUUUGUGAUUGACUUCAAGCCUCGUGCCAGCAUGGAUACUGUCCAUCAUAUGCUACUUUUUGGAUGCAAUAUGCCUUCCUCCACUGGAAGUUACUGGUUCUGUGAUGAAGGAACCUGUACAGAUAAAGCCAAUAUUCUAUAUGCCUGGGCAAGAAAUGCUCCCCCCACCCGGCUCCCCAAAGGUGUUGGAUUCAGAGUUGGAGGAGAGACUGGAAGCAAAUACUUUGUCCUCCAAGUUCACUAUGGGGAUAUUAGUGCUUUUCGAGAUAAUCACAAGGACUGCUCUGGUGUGUCCUUACAUCUCACACGUGUGCCACAGCCUUUGAUUGCCGGCAUGUACCUUAUGAUGUCUGUUGACACUGUGAUACCACCAGGAGAGAAAGUGGUGAAUUCUGAUAUUUCGUGCCAUUAUAAAAUGUAUCCCAUGCAUGUGUUUGCCUACAGGGUCCAUACUCACCAUUUAGGUAAGGUAGUGAGUGGAUACAGAGUAAGAAAUGGACAGUGGACGCUGAUUGGACGCCAGAGCCCUCAGCUGCCACAGGCUUUCUACCCUGUGGAGCACCCAGUAGAUGUUGCUUUUGGUGACAUCCUGGCAGCAAGAUGUGUAUUCACUGGGGAAGGAAGGACAGAAGCCACCCACAUCGGUGGCACGUCUAGUGAUGAAAUGUGCAACUUAUACAUCAUGUAUUACAUGGAAGCCAAAUAUGCAGUUUCCUUCAUGACCUGUACACAGAACGUGGCCCCAGAUAUGUUCAGAACUAUACCAGCAGAGGCCAACAUUCCAAUUACUGUAAAAUCUGACAUGGUGAUGAUGCAUGGCCACCACAAAGAAACAGAAAACAAAGAUAAAACUGCUCUAACCCAGCAGCCAAAGCAUGAAGAGGAAGAAGUGUUAGAGCAGGGUGAUUUCUAUUCACUGCUUUCCAAGCUGCUAGGAGAGAGGGAAGAUGUGGUUCAUGUGCACAGAUAUAACCCUGCAGAAAAGGCAGAAUCCGGUUCAGACACGGUAGCUGAGAUUGCAAACGUAGUCCAGAAAAAGGACUUGGGUCCGUCUGAUGCAAGAGAGGGUGCAGAACGUGAGGAAAGGGGCAAUGCUAUCCUAGUCAGAGACAGAAUCCACAAAUUCCACAGACUAGAGUCCACUUUGAGGCCAGCUGAGAGCAGAGCUUUGUCCUUGCAGCAGCCUGGUGAAGGUCUCUGGGAAGCAGAACACUCAGGAGAUUUCCAUGUGGAGGAGGCACUGGACUGGCCUGGAGUAUACUUGUUACCAGGCCAGGUUUCUGGUGUGGCACUGGAUUCUAAGAAUAACCUAGUGAUUUUCCACAGAGGUGACCAUGUUUGGGAUGGAAACUCUUUUGACAGCAAAUUUGUUUAUCAGCAAAGAGGCCUUGGACCAAUUGAAGAAGAUACGAUUCUAGUCAUAGAUCCAAAUAAUGCUGCAAUCCUCCAGUCCAGUGGGAAGAACCUGUUUUAUUUACCACAUGGCUUGAGUAUCGAUAAAGAUGGAAAUUACUGGGUCACAGACGUGGCCCUUCAUCAGGUGUUCAAACUGGACCCACAUAGCAAAGAAGGGCCUCUCUUAAUUCUGGGAAGGAGCAUGCAGCCUGGCAGUGACCAGAACCAUUUCUGCCAGCCCACUGAUGUGGCUGUGGACCCCAGCACUGGCGCUGUCUUCGUGGCAGACGGCUACUGCAACAGUCGGAUCGUGCAGUUUUCACCCGGCGGCAAGUUCGUCACCCAGUGGGGAGAAGAGUCUUCUGGGAGCACUCCUAAGCCAGGCCAGUUCAGUGUUCCUCACAGUCUGGCCCUGGUGCCUCACUUGGACCAAUUGUGUGUGGCAGACAGGGAAAAUGGCCGGAUCCAAUGUUUUAGAACUGACACCAAAGAAUUUGUGAGAGAGAUUAAACAUGCGUCAUUUGGAAGAAAUGUAUUCGCAAUUUCAUAUAUACCAGGUUUGCUCUUUCUGGUGAAUGGGAAGCCUUACUUUGGCGACCACGAACCUGUGCAAGGUUUUGUGCUGAACUUUACCAGUGGGGAAAUUAUAGAUGUCUUCAAGCCAGUACGCAAGCACUUUGAUAUGCCCCAUGACAUUGUUGCUUCUGAAGACGGGAAUGUGUAUAUUGGAGAUGCGCACACGAACACCGUGUGGAAGUUCACCCUGACCGAAAAAAUGGAGCAUCGAUCAGUUAAAAAGGCGGGCAUUGAGGUCCCAGAAAUCAAAGAAGCCGAGGCAGUUGUUGAAUCCAAAAUGGAGAACAACCCCACCUCCUCAGAAUUGCAGAAGAUGCAAGAGAAACAGAAACUGAUCAAAGAGCCAGGCUCGGGAGUGCCUGUGGUUCUCAUUACAACCCUUCUGGUUAUUCCUGUGGUUGUCCUGCUGGCCAUUGUCAUGUUUAUUCGGUGGAAAAAAUCAAGGGCCUUUGGAGGAAAAGGAAGUGGAGGCUUAAAUCUUGGAACUUUCUUUGCAAGCCGUCAAGGCUACAGCAGAAAAGGGUUUGACCGCCUCAGUACAGAGGGGAGUGACCAAGAGAAAGAUGAAGAUGACGGAAGCGAAUCGGAGGAGGAGUACUCCGCCCCGCUGCCCACACCUGCACCUUCCUCCUGAACUCCAGGCCCUCUUGUAGGUUGAGUGGAGUUUACCAAGGAUGCCCAGACUCCUUUCCCUUUAGUGUGUGUAAAGUUCUGUGCAUUGGAUUGUAAACUGUACUAGUCUGUGUGAGACUGUACACACCUUAUUUACUUCAUUUGGUUAUGUUGGCUUCUGUUUCUAGGUGAGGGGUUUCCUAACAGUUCACUACAGUGCCAUUGUCUUUAUAUGAACUUAGAGUAGAGAAGCUGCCCUCCUCCUCCAUCACAUCACUCCUAUCCCAGGAUGGAAGUACUGCUCAUUUACAUUUGGAGACUUUUUUGUGGAUGUAAAUAGCCCCUUUCUCUGCUUGAACACAGUAUUUUCCCAAUCCACACCCCUUGCCAGUGUCUUUCUUUGGUGCCUUUCCUGGUCAGCAUUCUCAGCCUGUGGCAGUAAAGAGAAACUUUGUGCUACAUGACGAAAAGCUGCUAAAUCUCCUUCUAUUUUUUUAAAAUCACUAACAUUAUAUUGCAAUGAGAGAAAUUUUAAAAAGUCUCUAUUUAAAUUCUUUUUUUAAAUUUCUCUUCAGUUGGUGUGUUUCCGGGAUGUCUUAUUUUUAGAUGGUUACACUGUUAGAACACUAUUUUUCGGAAUCUGAAUGUAAUUUGUGUAAUAAAGUGUUUUCAGAGCAUUA